AUGGAUCUGAGCAGCUUGGCCCAGUUGCAGACCGAGGGGGUUAAUCCCCGAACAGUACACAUCGACCGCAUGUCGACAAUGGAGAUGUGCACAGUCAUCAACUCUGAUGACCACAGGGUGGCGGGGAGUGUCAGUGUCUGUCUACCUGAGAUCGCUGGAGCGAUUGACGCACUGGCACCGCGUGUUCGUCGAGGUGGCCGAGUUGUGUAUGUUGGGGCGGGAACUAGUGGAAGACUGGGAAUCCUGGAUGCUUCAGAGAUUCCACCGACUUUUGCCGCUCCGCACUCCCAGUUCAUUGGAAUUAUUGCUGGCGGAGAUGCAGCUAUCCGUCAAGCACAAGAGGGCGCCGAGGAUAACGCACAAGCGGGUGAAGAUGACCUAAAGCGCCUCAAUCUGAACCCGGAGCUUGAUAGUGUCAUUGGAAUCGCUAGUUCAGGCCGGACACCGUAUGUCUUAGGAUGUUUUGCUUUUGCCAAACGGCUAGGCUGCGUCACGAUUGGCGUGGCUUGCGCAUCACCCUCGGCGAUGGGCCGCUCAGGCGAUGUGGACUUUCUCAUUGCUCCGCUUCCAGGACCAGAGGUUGUGACAGGCAGCACGAGACUCAAGUCCGGCACAGCGACGAAGUUAGUCUUGAACAUGUUAAGCACAGGCACCAUGAUCCGAGUGGGCAAGACCUACGGCAAUAUGAUGGUCGAUAUGGUGGCGUCAAAUCUCAAACUGGAGCAGCGAUCACGAAACAUGCUCCGUCGUCUCAGCCCAAAGUGCAGCUCAAUGUCGGAUUCGGAGCUAGAUGCACUUCUUGCGCAGUCCAAGCGCAGCGUUAAGCUUGCAAUGCUUGUUGCCGAAACCGGGGAAACAGCGGAGGUUUGCCAACAGCACUUGGAUUCGGCUGGUGGCGUGUUGGCUGGCGCAUUGGAUCGAGCAUGCCCAUCCACCCAGCCUUUGUCACCCAACGAGAUUAUCUCAAGGCGAUUCGCGCUGUGCAUCGAUGGUGGCGGUACUAAAUGUGCUGUGGCCAUUGCUGACGGCUCUGGUAGCACGAGCCAUGGCUAUGCUGGCCCUUGUAACCUGACCGACGGUAUCGGGAAUAUCCCUGGGGUUGUUGCUACCUUGAUUAAGGCCACCAAGAGUGCGCUUAAGGAACAUCUGCCAACUGGGACGGAGCUCAGUGAUGCGGAGUGGAAGCAAUAUUUGAAAUCCUGCUUUAGCUCCGUUUGGGUCGGUCUUGCAGGCUUGGACCGCGCUGGAUUGCACGAAACACUGGCUCCGACGCUGGCGGAGAUCUUCGGACUCGAUCGUACCACAUCUCGCUUCCGGCUGACAAGUGACGUUGACCUGUUACCCGCAUCAGUCUCAGUUGAAAAGAAUCCUUGUUCUGUACUCGUUCUCAUCGCGGGUACUGGCAGCAUUGCCAUGCGGUACACUUGGACAGAAGGUUCGGGCUAUGUUCGCCUGGCUCGCUCUGGUGGUUGGGGCCAUAUGUUGGGAGAUGAGGGUGGCGGUCAUUCCAUUGGGCUAGAGGCCAUAAAGCACACGCUGCUCGUUUUGGAAGAGCAGACUCUUGGUCUUCGACCACAAGCGUUGGACAAGUUCGAGGAUGCAGUGAUCAAGCAGCUGGGCUGUGCAGCCUCCAAAGACGGCCGUAUCGACAUUCUGAGCGACCUCUUGUCUGGGAAUCACCAAGAGACUGUCAAAACCCGGAUUGCCCAGCUGGCUGAGACCGUGUUGGAACUGGCAUUCCACGACAGCACCGCUAAUGCAAUCGUGAGGGCUCAAACAGCUCAUCUUGUCACCAAGACGCUGGGACGACUGACCGACCCUAAGAGCACUGGCUAUGCAGCAACCCAAGAAACCGUAUUAGUACUUGCGGGUGGGUUGAUGAGGAAUGAGGGAUAUCAACGGGCUUUGAGAGAGCAGUUGGACCAGCGAGGAUUACACUUUGAGGGUGUUCGCGUGGUGGACGACGUUGCUGCGGCUGGGGCCACGUUCUUGUUGAAGAGGAAAGAGUGA